GUGCUCAGAUUACGCAAACCGUAAACCGCUACAAAACCGGAAUAAAAAGGAAAGAUAAUUUCGUGGUAGUUUGUUAAGAAUCCGAUGGACUCGUCGUCGUCACCAGCAGCAGGAGCAGCAGCAGCGAAGCCGGGGAGAGGCGCAGGAGGAAGAAAAGGAGGUGAUCGGAAGAAGAGCGUUUCCAAGUCGGCCAAGGCUGGUCUCCAGUUUCCCGUCGGCCGUAUCUCUCGUUACUUGAAGAAAGGCCGUUACGCGAUCAGGUACGGCGCCGGUGCUCCCGUUUACCUCGCCGCCGUUCUCGAGUACCUCGCCGCCGAGGUUUUGGAGCUGGCGGGGAACGCAGCGAGGGACAACAAGAAGAACAGGAUAAACCCGAGGCAUCUUUGCUUGGCGAUAAGGAACGAUGAGGAGUUGGGGAAGCUGCUUCACGGAGUCACCAUCGCGAGCGGUGGAGUUCUUCCGAACAUCAACCCGGUGCUUCUUCCCAAGAGAUCUGCAUCUCAAACUGAGAAACCUGAGAAAGCUGCUAAGGCUGCUAAAUCUCCCAAGAAGGCUUAACUGUUGCUGCUGUGAUGCGUUUGUUAUAUCAAAUCUAGAAGAAGAACGACUUGUUUUUUUUUUAGGGAUUGUGUAGGUUGGUUGCUUUCUAUGUUUACUCUCUCUGUUUGUGGUUUGUUUAUGGGAUCCUCGGAUGGCAAGAUUAUGUGUUACAGCCAUUUUGUAAUGAAUGAACUAAUUUCUGGGUUAUCUUCUA